GAGCCACCUGCCUGAUGCAUUGCAUGCCAUGUCUUAGCCCACACCGAAAUCAAAUAGCAAUCUCAAUGAAAACACCAAAAGCUUGUAAAUUUAGAUCUUAAGCAAACUAUUCUGCUUAUUCAAAAAGACAACUUGUCGUCAAUGACGAGCAUGGUCAAUUUAGGAUGCGAUUUCUACUGUCAGGCAAAGAUGUACGGGUUCCAAGAUAUGAUGCUUGCACGUGACCGUUUAUAAAGAGACAAAGGAUUGGGUCGUUUCGUCUGGGCAGCGCAUUGAUAUUUUUUUGUACGCGGGGGAACACUUGAAAGCACGGACACGUCUAAAAUAUUUAUGAAUGUCGGAUUGGGAUUUCAUGCUGAAAUGACGCUAGACGAAGCGUUGAAUUUUUGUGAAUUGAAGAAAGAACAUUUGAAUAGGUAGGUUUCGGCAGAAUUGCAUAAUAGGUUGGAGAAAGAACUAAUUCUAAGUGGGCAUUUCGAUAUAUACGUUAAACGAUACAGAAAGGUCGAAGCAUAUACAUCGAAGAGCGAAGAUAUCAAGAUAAAAAUUAGGAUAUUUCAAGAUGCACUACAGAAGUUGAUGAAUUUACCGACAAUAGAAGAAGAGAUGGCAUGCCCACAAAAAAAGAAGCAAUUAUUUGUAUAAAAACUGGACAGACCGCAAGAAAAUUUUUUUUUUUAAUUUAUGUUGUUGUAAGCGCUCACUUAUACCGGGGAGAUUUUUAGAUGAUGAAUGACGAAAGGGGGCCGGAAUUUUGGAUGGGUGAAAACACUUUCCAUGUGCCGAUGGCCAUGCAUAAAGAGCAGCAACAGCGUUUGUUGAGUAGAUUGAGAAAGUUGUCAGAGAUUGACCUGAAUGGCGUUGUCUUGCUUCAAGGCGGUCGUUCGCAGGACUGGUUGCGCUAUGACACAGAUCAUGAGCGUUUGUUUCGUCAGGAGUCUUUUUUCCAUUACCUUUUUGGUGUAAAGGAGCCAGAUUUCUAUGGGAGUUUGAGCAUAUCGACUGGAAAGUACAUCCUGUACGUUCCGCGGUUGCCAAGGUCGUACCAAGUGUGGAUGGGUCGCAUUUUGUCCACUGACGAAUACAGGUCGAUGUACGGCGCAGAUGAAGUGCGCUACACGGAGGAGCUGCCGGACGCAUUGACGCACGAGACAGGUGGUGUUGGCGCGUUGUACGUGCUGAGCGGCACGAACAGUGAUAGCGGCUCGAGGUGCAUGAGCGCAGAUUUUAAGGGGAUAGAACGGUUUUUACUCAAUAAAGACGUAUUGUACCACGAAUUGUGCGAAUGUCGCGUCGUGAAGACAGAAUUGGAGCUGGAGCUGCUGCGAUAUGUCAAUAGGAUAUCGAGUGAAGCACACAUGCAUGUGAUGAAAAGUGUACGCCCAGAUAUGAUGGAAUAUCAAAUAGAGGCGAACUUUUGCCAUUACGCUUACUAUUAUGGAGGUUGUCGAAACACCUCAUACACAUGUAUAUGUGCGUCUGGAGAAAACGGGUCGGUGUUGCAUUACGGCCAUGCAGCGGCGCCGAAUUCACGCCAGAUUCGUUCAGGCGAUAUGGUUCUUUUGGACAUGGGCGCAGAGUACCACUGCUACGCGAGCGACAUUACGAGGAGUUAUCCUGUAACGGGGAAGUUCACGGAGCAGCAACGAGGUGUGUACGAGGUGGUCAGACGCGCACAGAUGGAGGUCAUAUCCAGGUUGAAGCCCGGUGUUUUCUGGCCUGAUAUGCAUCGCUUUGCCGAAAGAUGCUUGUGCGAGGGAAUGAAGAAGUUGGGACUGGUUCGAGGCGAUGUCGAGGAGAUGAUGAAGAACCACGUAGGCAGCUUGUUCAUGCCGCAUGGCUUGGGCCACCUGAUGGGCAUCGAUACACACGAUGUCGGUGGAUUCUUGGGAGAUGUGUGCGAGAGAAGCGAGGAACCAGGGCUGCGACAUUUAAGAUGUUGGAGGAAAUUGGAAGCAGGAAUGGUGAUAACGGUCGAGCCUGGCAUUUAUUUCAACUGGGCGGAGCUAGAAGAAGCCAUGCUCGAUCCGUCAUUGAAGCCGUUCUUGGCGGAGGAAGAGCUCGUCAAGUACAGAUACUUUGGAGGCGUUCGUAUCGAAGAUGAUGUUGUCGUGACGCCGGAUGGCUGCGAGGUUCUUACCGUUGUUCCUAGCGACGUGGAAGAAAUUCAGAGGAUCAUGCUUCAGGGAAAAGACGUAAUAAGCAGUUAGAAUCUCGGUUCACCCGGUGUGUGUUAUGGUCGGUGUUGGGUCCUUUUUUUUUUUCUGGGGGGGGGGAGAAAAAUUUUUUUUGAGAUGCAA